AUGUUCCCCGCCACGCUACCCCGCUACCGUUCUCUCUAUCGUCUUCGUCUUCCUCCUUCUGUCCCCAUCGACUCUUCUCCUUCGAUCCUUCAUUCCUUCCCCGCGCGCAGAGCAUUCGGUUCCGCCGGAUCUCCACUGCGCGUCAAACGCCUUUCUCUCCGCCCCGCCUCCUCCCGUUGCAAAUUCUCCAAUUCCGCCAUGGCUGCUGCCAAGAUUGAUGGCACCGCCAUUGCCAAAAGCAUCCGUGGGAGCUUAAAAGAGGAGAUUGAGAACAUUCAAGUGACCAACCCCCGGUUCAAGCCGAGUCUGGUCAUCUUCCAAGUUGGCAGCCGGUCCGAUUCGAGUACCUAUGUGCGCAUGAAGCUGAAGGCGGCCGAGGAGGCCAAUAUCCUCUGCACGCUGAUCAAUGUGCCCGAGUCAACUACGCAGCUGGAGCUCAUCCAGGAGAUCACCAAGGCCAACAAUGACCCCGCCGUGCAUGGUAUCCUUGUCCAACUGCCCCUCCCCGCCCACAUGUCGGAACAUCCUGUGACGUCGGCCGUUGCGGACGAGAAGGAUGUCGAUGGAUUUGGUGCAAUCAACAUUGGCGAGCUGGCCAAGCGAGGCGGCCGUCCGCUCUUCACCCCUUGUACCCCGCUGGCCGUGAUGGAGUUGCUCAAGGCCAGCGGUGUCGACCCCGCGGGCAAGGAGGCCGUUGUCUUGGGACGCAGUGAUAUUGUCGGCAGCCCUGUGAGCUACCUCCUCAAGAACGCAGAUGCUACCGUGACCCUGUGCCACUCGAAGACCCCGGAUAUUGGGCGUGUCCUCAAGACUGCUGAUAUUGUUGUCGCGGCAAUUGGAAGGACGGAAUUUGUCAAGGGAGAUUGGCUGAAGCCUGGGGCUGUGGUCAUUGAUGUUGGCAUCAACUACAAGCCCGAUGAGACCAAGAAGUCUGGGCAGCGUCUGGUUGGCGAUGUGGACUUUGAGUCGGCCUCGCAGGUGGCCUCGCAGAUCACCCCGGUUCCUGGUGGUGUUGGCCCCAUGACAGUGGCCAUGCUGCUAAAGAACGUGGUUCAUUCCGCCAAGACCUACUUUGCGAAACAGAAGGACCGUCACAUUACCCCCCUGCCCAUCCGGCUGGAGCGCCCUGUGCCCUCGGAUAUUGCCAUCUCGCGCGCCCAGUACCCCAAGCCCAUCACCCAGGUCGCCGCCGAGAUUGGUGUCGCUCCUCACGAGCUGGAGCCCUACGGUCACACCAAGGCCAAGGUCAGUCUUGAUGUCAUUGACAGACUCGCCCACCGCCGCAAUGGCCGCUAUAUCUUGGUCUGUGGCAUUACUCCUACUCCGCUUGGUGAGGGCAAGUCAACUACGACGCUGGGUCUCACCCAAGCUCUGGGUGCUCACCUGAACCGUAUUACCUUCGCCAAUGUGCGACAGCCCAGCCAGGGCCCUACAUUUGGUAUCAAGGGAGGCGCUGCCGGUGGUGGAUACAGCCAAGUCAUUCCGAUGGACGAAUUCAACCUGCAUUUGACGGGUGAUAUCCACGCCAUUACCGCCGCCAACAACCUUCUCGCCGCAGCCAUCGAGACCCGCAUGUUCCAUGAGUCUACGCAGAAGGACGGUGCCCUCUACAAGCGUCUGGUACCUACCAAGAAGGGCAAGCGCGAGUUCCAGCCCAUCAUGUUCCGACGACUCAAGAAGCUUGGAAUUGAGAAGACGGACCCGAAUGAGCUUACCGAGGACGAGAUCCACCGAUUUGCCCGUCUGGACAUCGACCCGGCGACCAUCACCUGGCGCCGCGUGCUCGAUGUCAACGACCGUCACCUGCGUGGCAUCACGGUGGGCCAAGCGCCCACCGAGAAGGGUCUCUCGCGGGAGACAGGCUUUGAUAUCUCCGUUGCCAGUGAGUGCAUGGCCAUCCUGGCUCUGAGCAACAACCUGGAAGACAUGCGUGAGCGGCUUGGCCGCAUGGUGGUUGCCACCUCGAAGAACGGCGACCCGGUCACCUGCGACGACAUUGGUGCCGGCGGUGCCCUUGCCGCUCUGAUGAAGGAUGCCAUCAAGCCAAACCUGAUGCAAAGUUUGGAGGGAACUCCGGUUCUGGUGCACGCCGGCCCCUUCGCCAACAUCAGUAUUGGCGCCAGCUCCGUCAUUGCGGACAAGCUGGCCCUCAAGCUGGCUGGUACUGAGCCCGAUGAGGAUCACGAUGAUAAGACCGGCUUUGUCGUCACCGAGGCCGGCUUCGACUUUACCAUGGGCGGCGAACGUUUCUUCAACAUCAAGUGCCGAUCGUCCGGUCUGUCCCCGGACACCGUGGUCAUCGUGGCCACGGUCCGCGCGCUCAAGGUCCACGGCGGUGGUCCCGAGAUCAGCCCCGGCGCUGCUCUGCACGAGAUCUACCGCACUGAAAACGUCGAGAUCCUCCGGAAGGGAUGUGUCAAUAUGCGCAAGCACAUCGCCAAUGCCCGACAGUAUGGCGUCCCCGUCGUGGUCGCCAUCAACCGCAUGGAGACCGAUACCGACGCCGAGAUCGCCGUCAUCCGGGAAGAGGCCAUGGCGGCGGGCGCCGAGGACGCCAUCCCCGCCAACCACUGGGCUGAGGGUGGUGCGGGCGCCAUUGAUCUGGCCAAGGGCGUGAUGGCGGCCAGUUCCAAGCCCAAGAACUUCCAGCUGCUGUACGACCUGAACGGCAGCAUCCAGGAGCGCAUCGAGCGCAUCGGCAAGGCCAUGUACGGCGCCGAGAAGGUCGAGUUCAGCGAGCUGGCACAGAGGAAGGUCGACACCUACACCCAGCAGGGCUUCAGCAACCUGCCGAUCUGUGUGGCCAAGACGCAGUACUCGCUCAGUCACGACCCGGCCCUCAAGGGCGCGCCAUCUGGGUUCACCGUGCCCAUCCGGGACGUUCGACUGGCCGUUGGUGCCGGAUAUCUUUACGCCCUGGCCGCCGACAUCCAGACCAUCCCCGGCCUUCCGACCGCCCCGGGAUAUCUAAAUGUGGACAUUGACACCGAGACCGGGGAGAUCGACGGACUGUUCUAG